AUGUUGACGUUGUCAAUGAGUACGGCUUCCUCAUAUUUCGGAGAGUUUUUCAGUAAGCCCUUGGAAGAUGGCCCGGCAAUCCUCGAGAUCGGUGGGAUGUCCAUGACUAGCAGGGUGGCUGAUUGGGGUCGAGAUGUAGUCGAACCUAUUGAACAUGCUCGGUUCUUUGAGGAGGGCGGUGUAGAGCUUGCGACAAACCUCACCAACUCCCUCGCACCUCAGGUUCUGUGGCUGCACACCACGGACGCCGACUUCAACUUCAUCGACAAGGCCAGGAGCGUGUUGCACCAGCAGUUAAGCAGGGGUGGCGUUGCAGUUCUAGAUGGUGACCUACAAGAUGUAAGCUGGGAUGCCAAUGCUUUCAAGGAGGAGUUUUCAAGCUAUCGCGUGACUUUUGAGCAGGGCCAGACAGGGAGCGAGAUCACUUUGAGACCGGCAGAGGAGGGUCAGCGUAGCGCAGUCGACCAAGAAGCGUUUGUGCAAGACGUUGUUCCUCCAGAAGCUGCCGCUCCUGCUUCUGAUCCUCGCGGAGCUAGUGCCAUUAGCUUUGAUCCAGAAGUUCCUCAACAUGUUGGUGCUGCACUAGCCCGGCUUCACCAAAAUUUAGGCCACCCCGAGAACCGCGACCUCACCCGGCACCUCAGAUAUGCUGGAGCUGACCAGGCCGUCCUCAAAGCAUCGAAGUCCCUGAAAUGUCAGACUUGUGCUAGAUGCAAAAGACCGGCUGCACCAAAGCCUGCUACUCUGCCGUCCUUGCUGGAUUUCAAUCAGAUGGUCAGCCUGGAUGUGGUGCAUGUGUUUGACAGUCAGCGUGUACGCCACGAACUUCUGUCAGUCAUAGACCACUCCACCACUUUCCACUUGGUGAAGCGAAUCCAGGGACACAGCAGCGCAGACUUCGAGGCCGGCUUUGUGGACCUUUGGGGACGUGUUUUCGGCCCUCCCAAAACUAUCUUUGCAGACCUCGAGACAGGAUUGCAAGCCGGACUGAGCCGGUAUGCUGAGUUCUGCGGCUCCAAGCUCAGAGCUGCUGCGGGGCAAGCCCACUGGCAAGUGGGGAACGUGGAGAGACACGGGCGCUGGUAUCAAGAGAUGUUGCAGAAAGUUGUGGAUGAGCAGUCGGUGACAGAAGCCGACAUAGAUUUGGCCGUGGUCUCCACAUGUGCUGCAAAAAAUGAGUUACGACGCAAACAUGGCUUCAGUCCUUCGAUGGCGGUGUUCGGACGCGAGCCAAGGUAUCCAGAAGAGUUGGAAGGGGGCCACGACGACGAGCUCUUCAUGGAAAUCCUUUCCAGCGACCGACAAAGACAGCGUGAGGUCGCGCUGCGCACCGCCGCCCGAGUGGCGUUUUUCCAGACGCGCCAGGAUAGCAAGUUCAGGCGCGCCUUGAUCCGGCGUGCCCGAGUUCACCGCGGCGGCUUUGUCAUAGGAUCGAGAAGCGAGGGACCAAGAAUGGCCGCUGGAGAGGCCCAGGAGUUGUCUUGGGCGAAGAAGGUGGAAAUUUCUGGGUCAGUUUUGGAAAUCAAUGACUCUUUCAACAACAGGAUCGCCCGCGCCGACCUGGAGAAGCUCCUCGGCAUGGAACCAGACGACCCGGAGGCCUACACCAAUGGCGACGAGGACGAGGACGGCAACGAGGAGGACAUGGAGUACGAGUUCGACUUCACCGACCUCGAGCCCGAGGCGCCUGAAGCGGACGAGGGCAAAGAGCGUGGGCAUCAACGGGAAGCUGAUCGAGUAGACCUCCCACCUCCUCCUGUUCCUAAGCGUGUUCGCCGAAAAGGGCCCGGAGAGCACCUGCAGACCGCCAUGAUGCUCAAGAGAUGCCUUACUGAGAGGUCUCGCGAAAAGCAGCGAGAGAAGGAGUUGCCUUGGCAUUGCAUACCUCCGGAACUUCAUGGAGAGUUCAAGCGGGCCGAGCAAAAGCAGGUUCAGGACCACUACGACCACUCCGCCCUCACUCCUCUGACACUGGCUGAGAGCGACAAGAUUCGAGCUUCAAUCCCUGGAGAUCGGAUUUUGACAUCUCGCUUCGCGUAUAAAGAUAAAAAUUACGCGAGGAGAAAGGUGGAUGCGGCCAUACCGUGGUUGUCGCCAGCAGACAAGGAGGAGAUGUCUGCCCUUAAGGAUGCCCUGAGUGCCGUUCUUCCCGUGGAUGAGUGGCUUGACAACCUCUUCGAGUACCUGGUCCAGAUGGCGAUCAGUGCCGACGAGGUGACCAUUGAUCAGGAGCUCUACGCCUCCGGAAGAUUGUUCACCGUGGACAUCCACAAGGACCAGCACGACCUCGACCCGGCCACGCGGGAGCAGACCAUCGACAACAUGAGCGCAAUUGGGGCGCUUUCUUGGUUGGCUUCCCAGACUCGACCUGACCUCCAAGCAGGGGUAUCGAUGGCCCAGCAGCUUCAGCGCCAGCCGUUGGUUGAGGACCUGAAGUUCACCAACUCCCUGGUGAAGAAGGCCCAGACACACCGCAGCGAGUGCCUGAGACUCAAACCCAUCGACCUCGAGGACUUCGAAAUCUUGGCCUACCACGACGACGAGCUCGAUGGCUUGAUCGAGAACGACCCCUUCCGCAACAAGGAGCGCAAGGCAAAGCGUGCGGCUUCGAAGGUGGCGAGCCAGUUUGGAGUGCUGAUCGCGCUGGCUGACAGGAAGUGCACCUUUGGGGAGGAAGGACACGCCAGCGUCCUUGAGUGGCGCUCUUCUUCAGUGAAACGGGUUUGCCGCUCGACCUUCGCUGCUGAGACGAUGGCCUGUACUGAGGGAGUAGAAACCGGGCAGUAUGUUCGUUCCUUCUUCUGUUCUUUACUGCAAGGCAAGCUCCUGAAGGUUGAAGACCUUCAAGGUCAGCAUCUGCGGUGCCUGUCGGCGCUUGGCUAUAGAUCUCGCGGCUCUGAGACAGAGUCUGAGCUGGGCGAGUACAACCGAAGGCACAAGAGUGCUCAAGCAGCAAAAAGCUCAACAG